AUGAAGGUAAAAGCGGCGAAAAAGGAUAAACCUGUCCGGGAGGAAGUGGUCCAGAUAAAGAAAACGAAAACAGGCAUUCAAAAGGCGAAGAAACUCAAGGAACCACUGAAACAAUCGGCAGCCAAGGUAGCGGCUACCAAUGGUGCUGAGGUCGCCGAGGCCGCUUCAGUAAAACUACCCGAAAAGCGUGAAUUUUCCAUGAAGCUUCAGCUGAAAAAGAAAGCCAAACAAAAGAAACCUUCUGGGGGGAAGAAAAAUGAACAAGAAAAUUCACCACCGGCGAAGGAUGCCAAUGGAGCCGUGCCCGGCAAAAGGGCCAAGAAGCAAAAGCAACUGAAAGUUGUACCCGUAGUGGAGGAACAAAAGGAGGAGGACAAACAACCCGAGCCGGUAAUUAACGAGAGAAAGAAAGCUAAAAAGGAGUUUGAAGCGCAGGUUAAGGCACUGAAAAAGGAGGAACGAAACUUGGAUGUUAAAUUACCCAAGAAGUGCAAAACAGAAACGUUGGAACUCGUCCCGAAAGAGCUGAUCUCGAAGAAAAGCUUUCAGAAGGUUUACGAACUAUUCCGUAAAAAGGGUGAUGAGAAGGGAAACAAGCUGUUCGGAGACGAUUUAAAGUAUAACCUGCAAAUUAUUAGCGUAAAGGUGCCACGAUGUCCGUCAAGGAACUGUCGAAUUAUUCUUCCACAUCCAUUGCUUCGCCAAGAGGACGACAUUUGUCUGAUUGUGAAGGACGCGAUCCGUGGUCGUGAAGUCGACUAUUCACUCACGUUGCACGAAUGGGAGGAUAAGUUGAAGGACCUGAACAUAGGCCACAAGGUGCAGAUCAUUCCGUUUCAGCAGCUGAAACGCGACUACGGCUCGUACGAGAUGAAACGCAAGCUCGCUCAACGCUUCGAACGUUUCCUCGUUGAUGCACGCAUCAGUGGGCAUGUGUUCGCCUUCUUGGGGUCCCAGUUUAUAAAGCGCAGUAAAAAUCCCACACCUGUCAAGCUGGACAAUGAAGCCAAGAUCAAGGAGGUUCUAGCGCAUGCAUUGCAAUUGCACACCUACCGUCAGGGCAAUAAGGGUAAUUCGUCGGAAAUUAAAUUUGCAGCACACUGGAUGCCGGUGGAGCAUGCCGUUGAGAAUGGAUUGGCACUGCUAGAGAAACUCAAGACCGCCUUUCCUGGCGGUUGGUUAAACAUACAGUCGAUAAACAUAACAACGGCCACCGAAAAGUCACAGUCGUUGCCGAUCUACGUCAGUACUAUCGAUCCCAAUCUGGUACCGGUGCCGGUUGUGGUUGGUUUACGCGAAAAGUUCGUCAAGAAACAGCAACAUUUGAUGAAGCAGCGCACUGGAGGUAUGUACGAAGUGACCAAAGACGGUAUCGUACGGAAGGUGCGCACACCGGAACAGAACGCUGGGGCGAACAAUGUGGAGGAAUCGGACGUUGAGCUGGAAGACGUUGAACUGGAAGAGGACGAUGGCUGGGUGCCGUACGACGAUGAUCCACAAAGGGCUCGUCGUAAAGGGCGUGGUAGCGGUACGCGUCAACGGGGUCCGAAGAUGAGGAUAAAGUAA